GACUAAUUAAACAAACACCACACACUUUCCCUUCUUUCUCUUCUUCUCGCCGUUCUCUCUCUCUCUCUCUCUCUCUCUGAGGGUUGCACUGAGAAAAUGGAUUGAGAUUUUUUCUCUCCCUCUUUUCCUCAACCUCUUCUAUAUUUUCUUCCGGAUCAAUCAGCUUCUUUGCUAUGGAAGACAAAGAUUCAGUUGCUACGCUGAUGGACUCUACAACUUCUAAGAUACAACAGCUGCAAAAGGCAUUUGCUGAGCUUGAAAGCUAUCGAGCUGUUACUCUUAACUUGAAAUGGAAAGAACUAGAGGAACAUUUUCAUGGGCUUGAGAAAUCCUUGAAGAGGCGCUUUCAUGAAUUGGAAGACCAAGAAAAAGAAUUCGAAAGCAAAACAAGGAAAUCUCGUGAACUGUUGGAGAAGCGGGAAGCAGCUGUGUUUUCUAAGGAGCAGGUCUCGUUGCAGAGGCUUCAAGAGAAAAGGGAUGCUGCUGCAUUUGCUAUUGUAAAUGCUCGAGAAAAGCACCGGAAGGUUUCAUCAAAGGAUUUGGCUUUUGUCUCCAGUGGUGGUCAAGGGAGACAGGGUUUAGAGGAGACACCAGUGGAUGCUGGGUCCCUUUUGGCUGAAGGUAACUUGGAAGAUGUGAAACUUUCUCCUGAAAAUGGAAGUGUUGAGUUGGUGUCUUAUCCAGAGUUGGUAAAACUAUGUAAAGAAAUGAAUGCUGCUGGACUUCACAAAUUCAUAUCUGAUAACCGUAAGAACCUUGCUGCUGUAAGGGAUGAAAUUCCACAUGCAUUGCGAGCUGCUCCUAAUGCUGCCCGUCUAGUUUUAGAUUCAUUGGAAGGAUUUUACUGUAUGGAAGUGUCAAGUCAGGAUAUUAAAAAGGAUGCUAAUUUAUUGGGUCUUCGCCGAACCUGCAUUAUGCUGAUGGAAUGUCUAAGUGAUUUCCUGAACAAUUCAGACUGUGCUUCUAAUGUAAUUUCAGAAGAUAUCAAAGACAGGGCAAAGUCAGUUGCUGAAGAGUGGAAACCUAGAUUGGAUGCUCUUGACAUGGAUGCUAGCCAUGGGAACUCAUUGGAGGCUCAUGCAUUUUUGCAACUUCUGGCCAGUUUUGGUAUUGCCUCUGGUUUUGAUGAACAAGAGUUGUCCAAGCUGAUUCCAGUGGUGUCUCGGCGUCGCCAAACUGCUGAUUUAUGCCGUUGCCUUGGUUUGACAGAGAAGAUGCCUGGUGUAAUAGAGGUUUUGGUAAACAGUGGGCGGCAACUUGAUGCUGUUAACUUGGCCUUUUCAUUUGAUCUUACAGAACAGUUUUGUCCUGUUUCCUUACUGAAGUCUUAUUUGAAGGACGCCAGAAAAGCUUCCUCUCCUGUCAAAAGUGUUAACUCAUCCCCCACUGCACAGAUUGAGGUCAAUGAACGAGAGCUGAUUGCUCUGAAGGGUGUAAUCAAGUGCAUUGAAGAACAUAAGCUUGAGGAGCAGUAUCCUGUGGAUCAUCUCGUGAAGCGAGUGGCUCAACUAGAGAAGGCCAAAGCUGAAAAAAAGAGGGAAACUGAAGCAACAAAGCCUCAGCCCAAGAGACCCCGAGCUAAUGGCAUUGUGGGAUAUGCUCCUCGUUUCUCUAACAUUCCUUCUGAUAACAAAAGUUCAUAUGCUAGAGUUGCUGACAGGUACCCGCCACAAUAUGUGUAUGACCGACCAUACAUGUACCCAGCACCCGCCGACAAUCAUUGCCCUCCUCCUCUCUUUGGCACGGCUACCUAUAACAUCUCUCCUACUCAUCAUGGAAACUACUUUGGAAAUGGCUAUCAGUACCAAGCUACAUAUCUUCACUAGUUAUAUAGCUGAGAUGUGAACAUGAUGAUCCUUCCUUUCGCUUAAUAUCUAGUCUUAACCUUUUAAGAUAUUGUUAUGUUGUUGUACUUUUUCAAUUCUAGUCAUCAUUAAGAAUCACUGAAAGAGGUAAACUAAAAUGUCAUGUUAUAAUUUAACUCUUGAAUUAGAAGAUAUUCUGAUCCUCUAAUGUGUUAACUAUGUUCUCGUUUUGUACAAACUUACCUUGAUGCCUUUGUAGUAUAUUUUUCUUGUCUC